AUGAAGGCUUAUGAACCAGUGAUUCACCCAAUCCUUUCAAUGGACCAAUGGAGUAAAUGUGGCCUUCCUCCAAUUAAACCUCAACUUUAUAAGCAACAACCGAGUAGGCCUAAAAGAGUUAGGACGAAGGAGCCUGGUGAGGUUGAAAUACUAGCCCCUAUCCCACCAAACCCUAUGCCUCCAAAUUAUAUUGCCCCACCAGCCAAGCUUAGAAGGGUUUUCAUUCAAAUAAGAUGUCGUGGAUGCAGUCAAAAAGGCCAUAAUAAAGCAACAUGUGAUAGACAAAACAAUGAAACCCAACAAGUUAAUGCAUCUUCAACCCAAAUGGAGCAAGGUUCUUCUUCUAACACAAUGGCAAGAGGUAAUGGAGAAGGAGGCAGAGGCAUAAGUAGAGGAAGAGGCAAUGUUGCUCAAGCCCCUGUUUACCCAAAUUCACAAGAAAAUGUGAAAAGAGGAAGAGGUUUACCAUCUUCAAAGCUAAGUGCAAUUAGAGGAAGAGGCUUAGGAAGAGGCAUAAGUGGAGGAAGAGGCUUACCAUCUUCACGACCAACUGUAGGUGGCAAGAGGAAGGGGACAAGGAGGACUAUCUUUGGACAACAUUUCCCAUGA